UUCCCUACCCUUCCUACAUUGAAAGAAAAGCAAGGUAAAAACACCCAAACACAUCUCCAAAACAAGGACACCUUCAAGCUUAUGAAAAUUCAAGUUUAGUUAGUUGUAGCAGACAUGUGCAACCCAACACCAUCUUCCUCCCCUUUCCUCCCUCCGAAGAAAACUCACAUCCUAAAUUCUAACAAGACCAUGGAUCAUGACCCCCAUGAGCUCCAUAGAUGGCCCACUCCCUCUGAGGUCAUUGAGGAAAUAAGAGCCAUUGGUAAGAUCUCUGGCCCCACAGCUCUAACUGGCCUACUUAUAUAUUCAAGGGCCAUGAUCUCCAUGCUCUUCCUCGGGUACCUUGGCGAGCUCGAGCUUGCAGGUGGGUCGCUCUCAAUCGGCUUCGCCAACAUUACCGGAUAUUCCGUCAUCUCCGGCCUGGCGAUGGGGAUGGAACCCAUAUGCGGUCAGGCAUUCGGCGCAAAGCAGUGGAAGCUCCUUGGCCUAACACUACAAAGAACAGUGCUUCUUCUACUGUCUGCUUCAGUGCCUAUAUCAAUCAUGUGGCUCAACAUGAAGAGAAUUCUCACAUGGUGUGGCCAAGAUGAGCAGAUCUUGUCGGUGGCCCACGUGUUCAUCAUGUUUUCCAUCCCCGACUUGUUAUUCUUAUCGAUCCUCCAUCCGCUACGGAUCUAUCUAAGGACCCAAAACAUAACAUUGCCAGUGACAUACUGCUCGGCGGUCUCGGUGGUCUUCCAUGUCCCACUGAAUUUCCUCCUGGUGGUGCAUUUCAAGAUGGGAAUUGCUGGUGUGGCCAUCGCAAUGGUGUGGACUAACCUCAAUCUGGUCCUAUGCUUGUUCAUCUUCGUGUACUUCUCUGGCGUGUACAAGCAAUCAUGGGUGUCGCCGAGCAUGGAAUGCCUCAGAGGGUGGUCGUCUUUGCUUGGGCUUGCUGUGCCAACAUGUGUGUCUGUGUGCUUAGAAUGGUGGUGGUAUGAAUUCAUGAUAAUGUUGUGUGGCCUACUUGCGAAUCCAAAGGCCACAAUCGCUUCGAUGGGAAUCUUGAUCCAAACAACUUCACUCGUCUACGUCUUCCCAUCGGCCUUGAGCUUGGGCGUGUCAACAAGGGUUGGCAAUGAGCUGGGUGCGAACCGCCCUGCUAAGGCCCGCAUUGCUACGAUUGUAUCCAUGGCGUGUGCCAUUGCGCUGGGCCUGGUCGCAAUGUUGUUCGCUGUGCUGAUGCGGCACAGGUGGGGACGGUUUUUCACGAUGGACUCUGAGAUACUGGAGCUCACGGCUGUGGCGCUGCCCAUCGUGGGGCUCUGCGAGCUAGGGAACUGCCCACAGACAACAGGCUGCGGAGUGCUGCGUGGCAGCGCGCGGCCCACCAUAGGAGCCAACAUCAAUUUGGGAUCAUUUUACUUGGUGGGAAUGCCUGUGGCGAUUCUCACAGGCUUCAUCGCUAGAAUGGGCUUUGCUGGGCUGUGGUUGGGUCUACUUGCAGCCCAGGCAUCGUGCGCCAUCCUCAUGUUGUAUGUGCUAGGCCAGACAGAUUGGAUGGCCCAGGUAGAGAGAGCUAAAGAACUUACACAAACUUCAAAUGGUUCUUCUACACCUAAGGAAGCUAACAAGGUAGCUAAUUUGGAGGAGAUUUUGUGCAUUAAUGAUGGAUCAGUGAAGCCAAUUUCACUAGAAACAGAUCCCUUAAUUCCAUCUCCUAUUGUAAAUGAAUGACAUUAUUUUCUCUUUCUUUCUUUCUUCCUUUCUUCUAUUUAAAAGAGCUGAUGUUAAUAUACUAUUAAUUGGACUCCAUGAGUUGUAUUGACGGGAGUUGUCUUACUUUGUUUUUUCCUUCUUCUUUUGCUUUGUUUCAUGAUAUUAAAAAGAUAGUAACAAUAUAUCUAUUUAGUUCUCUUUGUAUU